AUGUCGUCGCCACAGCAGAUCAAAACGUCGGUAACCGACCUUUUCAAAAUCAGCCACCCCAUCAUGCUGGCUGGAAUGGGCAACGUCUCGGGCCCUAAACUUGUGGCUGCUGUGACCAAUGCUGGCGGUCUGGGUGUCUUUGGAGGGAACAUGUACACGCCUCAGAUGCUGAGGGAUGGGAUCGCCGAGCUGAAGAGCUACUUAGUAGACAAAGACGCACCCUUUGGCGUUGACCUGUUGCUUCCGAAGAUUGGUGGGACGGCCAGGAAGACCAAUUAUGACUACAACAAAGGGAACCUGGACGAACUCAUCGACAUCAUCAUUGAGAGUGGUGCCAAACUGUUUGUUUCUGCCAUUGGAAUCGCUCCAAAAGCUGUGAUUGAUAAGCUACAUAGAAACGGCGUCUUCUACAUGAACAUGGUGGGACACCCGAAACAUGUCCAAAAAUGCUUGGAGGUUGGCGCCGACCUGAUCUGUGCCCAGGGAGGCGAAGGCGGCGGCCACACCGGAGAUGUGCCACUGAGCAUUCUGAUCCCAGAAGUAGUGAGGCUUUGCGCAAAGGCGAGGUCACCCUUGACCGGUCAACCCGUACAAGUUGUCGCGGCGGGAGGCAUUUCAAACGGAGAGACGUUGGCCGCGUCGCUCAUGAUGGGCGCUGCGGGAGUGUGGGUGGGGACUCGAUUUGUUUUGUCUGAGGAGUCGAAUGCGUCCAAGGCGCACAAGGAGUCCGUUCGGAGUGCUGGCUUCGAUGACACGAUCAGGACAAUCAUUUUCAGUGGCCGACCUCUACGGGUACGCAACAAUCCGUACAUUGAGGACUGGGAAACAAAUCGUCUACCCGAGAUGAAGGAUCUUACGAGCAGGGGCAUUCUGCCAGCACAUCACGAUCUUGACACUGCCAAGGAGCUUACAGAGGAGAUGAUGGACCAUGCACUACAUCCCUUUCUCAUGGGAAAGGUGGCCGCGACAGUCAACGAGCUGAAGUCGGCCAAAGCUAUUGUUGACGAGAUCGUGGAUGUUGCCGCACAGCGAUUGAAUGUCGGAAAGGACUUACUCCUUCAGCGCAGUAAGUUAUGA